UUGAGAGAAGUCAUAAGUUUCAGAUCAAUGGCUGAGAUUAACUUCCAAUGCAAGCGGACGGUUGUUAGCACUAAGGCGGUGAAACCGGGGACAUUCUACUCUCUAUCUGUUCUAGACCGUUCGAUGGAGAAGAACGUCAUCCGGAUCAUCUACUACUAUCAUUUCCCAUCUAAAUGGGACGCAGGUGGGCCAACGAAGAAGCUAAGGGAGUCAUUUUCUGAACUUCUUUCGAGCUAUCCCAUCGUGACGGGUAGAUUGCAGAAAAACCCAGAUGGGCAUUGGAUGAUCAAGUGCAAUGAUGCAGGGGUGAGAUGGAUCGAGGCUAGAGCGAAAGGGAGCGUUGAUGAAUGGCUGCAGAUGGCCGAUAGGGUGCAGGAGCUCAAGCUUACUUACCGGGAGGAUAUGUUCCAUAAGCCAUAUUUCUGGUCUACGUUCUAUGUUCAGGUGACCGAGUUCGAAGGUGGUGGGCUAGCAAUCGGAUUGAGCUGCAGCCAUCUACUUGCAGACGCUGCAUGUGCAACCAUGCUAGUAAAGGCAUGGGCAGAUACAACCCUACUCCAAAAAAUCCUCACCCCUCCACUCUUUCAACCCUUGCCCUCGAGCAAGCUCAGCAACGAGACCACCACUCACAAUCCAUUCAACAGCUUGAUCGACCACUACCAAUCUGCCAUGUCGAUGAACCAGACCCCUCCAAUCUCAGACCCUGAGAAUGUGAAGUACACGUCAGUCACAUUCGCCUUCUCGUCCGAGAAUAUGAAGAGGUGCAUGGCGGAUGCUCGAACCAACGGCUCGACCACCCCUACACCUUUCGAGGCACUGGGUGCACUCUUGUGGGUGUGUGUGAGCAAUGUGAAAGGAAAGAUAAAUGAGCUCCUUAACAUGUCCAUAUGCCUAGACAUGAGAAAUGUGUUAGGUCUAGAUAAAGGGUUCUUUGGAAAUGUGAUGGUCUUUAAUAAAGUGUGUGGAGAGGGGCUAAAUGAAGUGGGCCUUGUGAGAGCUGCUAGGGCCAUUGCUGAUGUAGUGGGCCAGAUGGGGAAUAAAGAGGUCAUGGAUUUGAUUGAGUGGUUAGGAUCGGGCAGUGGAGGAGAGAAGCUCACCCAUCAGCUUCCUAUACUCAAUGGUCCUGAUCUUGUGUGUGUUAACUGGGACAGCCUCGCUGUCUAUGCGGCGAUGUUUGAAGUGAGGGUCCCACCUAUCCGUGUGUCGUACUAUUUCGAGCGUGUGAUCGGAGAAGGACAGAUACUGAUACUGUCUUCACCUGAGGGUGAGGGGACACUGAGCAGGUGGGCCAUGGUUACACUUCCUGAGGACCAAGCUGUUAGAUUGUGUGGUGAAAAUCUUAUCCUGCGAUACUCUCCAACCAUCAUGAUGGGAGCCCCAGAAAAAAACAACCACACUCUAGGUUGAGCCACGGCUGCAGUUGACAGUGGGUAAAGCUGAUUUAUAGUGUUGUUUGGGAGGGCUUGUUUCUAUUAAUAAAGCUUGUGGUAGAUAAAAUAGAGGAAUCGAAGGAAAGAAAGACAUGGACUAUCUGAUAAAUAAGCAUUAUUUACACAUGCAUAGUAGAUUUGAUAAUUCCCGUUGUGACAUGCGUUUGUGAUAUUGUGUGGAUGGGUUAUCAGGCAUGUCAAUGAGUUAGGUUUAGGUCAGCUUAAUGGUGUACCAUCAUGAUCC